AUGGGCUCGGUCCUUUCCCUGGCCUCGGGCGCAAUCGCAGGGCUUCGCACGCUGCUGGACCCACUCGUCCAGUUCAGAAAGGCGCUCGAGCGCGCCGCCAACUCCCCGGGACUCCCCGUGCCCUCGCCCACCACGCCCCGCUGGACACGAGACCCACCCCAUCCGCACCUGGCCAGGCAGCAGUCGUCAGAGCUGCCGAGCACGGUAGACGUCGCCAUCAUCGGCUCGGGCAUCACCGGAGCGGCCGUCGCCUGGUCCCUCGUGCAGGAUGAGGGGGCGGGGUUCGGCAGCGUCGCCGUCCUCGAGGCGAGGGAUCUCUGUGGCGGCGCCACCUCCCGCAACGGGGGCCACAUCAAGGCGUCGCCCUGGGAGCUUUAUCCGCGCCUUGCCGAGCGGUUCGGCCACGAGAGGGCGGCGGCCUUGACCAGGUUCCAAAGGAGGCAUCUCGACGUUCUUGUCGACCUUUGCAGUGCGCGGGGGAUUGACGUGGCUCACGUUGAGGAGGUGGAAACGGUGGAUUUGUUUCUAGACGAGAGUUCUUUUGAUGAUGCUGUCAAAAAGGUUGCCGAAACCAGGUCGAAGCUGCCCGAGGAAGAGGCCGAGGUUUGGCAACGGAACGAGGCACAGGAGAAAUUCGGCGUCGGUCCAACCGUACAUGGCGCCGUCUCCUACAAAGCCGGCGUCAUCUGGCCCUACCGCUUCGUAACCAGCAUAUGGCAACAGCUCUUGUCCAAACACCCCGAGGUCCUUUCCAUAGAAACACACACUCCGGUGGAGGCCAUCACCGUCGACGACCCGCAAGCCCCGCCAAGCCACCCCUUUGCCGUCCAGACGCCCCGCGGCGUCUUGCACGCGCGCAACGUCGUGCACGCCAGCGGCGGCCACGUGUCGCACCUGGUGCCCGGGCUGCGGGGCAAAGUCACGCCGGCCAAGGCGCACAUGUCGGCGCAGCGGCCCGGCGACCUGUUCCCCGCGCGCCACGGCCGCCACCGCUCGUGGUCCGUCAUCUACGGCACCGGCUUCGACUACGUCACCCAGCUGCCGCCCGAGCAUGGCGACGCACCGCACCGGGGCGACCUGAUGCUGGGCGGAGGGUUUUUCCGUUCGUCGAAACACGGCACCGACAUGCUCGGCGUCGCGGACGACGGGGCGCCGCUCGACGGCCUGACGCUCGCGCACGUGGCUGGUGUUUUCCCCGCAGUGUUUGCGCCGAACUGGGGCGUCGGCGGCGGCUUGAAGGAGGCGUGGUCGGGCAUCUUGGAUUUCACGGGGGAUCUUUUGCCGCUGGUUGGGAAGCUAGACGCAAAGACUACGGGCAGGACGGUCAAAAACAAGCAGGGCUCUGAUGGAAAGCCCGGUGCGGAGUGGGUCGCGGCUGGGUUUUCGGGCGAAGGAAUGGUUUGGUGUUGGUUGUCGGGCAUGGCGCUCGGCAUCAAACUGAGCGGCCGCGACGAGCAGGAGUUGGACCCAGCCCCUGGACGGCCGGGCGGGCGGCUGCGGGACUGGUUUCCUGACGAGCUUUGGGUGUCGCAGGCUAGAUUAAAAAGUGCCCACGUGAGCAACCUUGCGAACGAAGUAUGA